CGGCAAUCCGGCAAUUAGGUUAAGAUGCCUAUUUGUUAUUAAUGGAAGUUAAUAUUGUGUUUUAUUUUGUAAAAUGUUAUUUCUUACUCCAUAAUUAACAAUUAAGAACUUUGCAUGCACAGUAAUGGUAUUGUAAGCAGUUGUGUGCAAUGUGGUGUUGGCGAGUGUCUUGUACUUUAAAUUCGCGUAGUUUAUGUGGUGUUUAUGUUAAUUUUGUGAACUUAUCGAGACAUUUUUCUUCUUUGCGAACCACUAGGUCGGUGAAAGAAGAUGUACUUCCUUUGUUACUACCACCAGAUCUUCAAGAUAGUAAAGCCAAUGAUUGGACAAGUAUUCGGAAUAAUGUUAAGGAAAACAAGGACGUGCCCUUAUCUACAGUCGAUUUUGUGAUUUUAAAUUAUUGUUGUUCUACAAAGCAGUACAGUUUAGGCAUAAAGUUUUGGAAGUAUUUGGAGGAGGCAGGUAUUAAACCUAACCUUGCCACUAAAAGAAAAUAUCUUUAUCUUUUGUAUAAAUGUAGCAGGACAAGUGGUAAAAGGGAAGAGACACAGAUUUUAAAAUUGUGUGAUGAUAUACAGAAAGAGUACAAAGUGUUAGACCCUACAACUAGUGAACAUGUAGCUCAAGCAUUAUCUGUUACCAAAUGUUGGAGACAAGGUAUUAAAUUGUUAGAUGAAGUUAAAAUUACCGCAACUCCUACCACUGAAACAUAUUCAGCAGUUGCAGCAGCUGCCUUUGAAAAUUUAGAAAAUGAGUUAGGAUUGGAAAUAGUAAAAGAAAUUAUUGAGAAAGACAGGAAGCCUUUAGACUAUGUGUACAUGUCAUAUUUCUCCCAAAUAAAAAGUAAUUCUUCAUAUAAACAUGCAAGAGAAAAAAUUGAAGAGUUAUUUAAGUUCCUAGGGCAAUAUGACUUAAUCUUUAAUCAAAAAGAUGCUGAAGUGUUUGUUCAAUAUUGCAAAGAGUGGACUGAUUCUGCUAGUUUAACUGUGGUUAAUAAAAGUGGCAUUUGUAAAAGCUGUUCCCAAAAGUUGGAAAAAGUGACCUUAACAGAAAUCGAAUUUGAACAAUUAAAGAAUGAUUUUCUUGAGAAUGUUAUUAUUGGAAAGGAUGUAUUUAAUAAAACUAAUCCUAAAGAGCUUGAAAAACUACAACAGUUCUUAAAAAGUAAUAAAAAGUAUGAUGUUGUAAUUGAUGGUUUAAAUGUUGCAUUUUCGGCUGGUGUCAAAUCACCUCAAACUUUUGCAUUUUUGGUUGCUUCUGUUGUUAAACACUUUGUAGAAAAUAAUAAGAAAGUUUUGGUUGUGGGAAGGACACAUAUGAAAAAAUGGCCCAAAAAUUACUGGAAUUAUAUUGCCCACAAUGCAGACUUGUUCCUCGUCGAUUGUUUAUCUCAAGAUGAUCCUUAUCUUUUGUAUUGUGCCUUAAACUCCAAAAAUGAAACUGUACUUGUUAGCAAAGACUUGAUGAGAAGUCAUUUGUUCCGCUUAAACACUUUCAACCAGAAAGGACUGUUCAAAAGGUGGUUAAUGCAGAAUCAGUGGAAAUUGCAAUAUGUCUCCAAAGAUGGAAAAGUUUCCUUUAUGCAUCCACUUCCGUACUUUCGAACCAUUCAAAAAAAUCUAAAUGUUUGGCAUAUCCCUUACGAAUCAAACAAGACGAAGGAAUUUAAAAGGAACAAUCCCAAUUAUGCAUCAUACACCACCGAAUGGGCCUGUAUAAAAUUUCCAACAGCGACUUAAAGAUAAAACUGGCGAGCCUUAUUUUUGUCAUCUACGUUACACCUUUACUGGAAUGUUAUCCCCAAGGAACGCCUCCAUCGCGAGUUCUCCCAAAUUCAAAGGAGCAAUGCACUUUGACCAUUAUUGGGUUUCCUAUUACACCACCCUAUACUGAUUCGAUUGAUAUUGACGAAUGGUGGUAAGUUUUUUCCCCGCUCCUUUUUUAAUUUAUAUUUUACAACACUUGUGCCUGUGCCAAAACUCAUUUAUCCCUCGCUUCCCUACCUACGAUAAAGUGUUUACGUACCAACCAAAAUUUUUGCCAAAUAUUUAUUAUAACGCAGGGUAGUAAAACCGCCUGGAGCAUAAAAAUCAGAACAAGAAAUGGUACCAUAAAAAAAUAACUGGAGAAUGGCGUAGGUGCUGAUAAGGCUUCAUGUGUCUAUAAAUAUUAAUUGUUGUUAUAAAUAUAUUAUUUUUGUCAUUGA